AUGGAGCUUUUUCGCAUUGGCUAUCUCGUGCGCGCUGUACAUUGCAGCUGGGGCAAUCCCCGCGUCGAGUCAUGGCCGCGCCGCGGCAAAGAUUGCGCUCCUAUACCUAGGGGUGGGCGUGCAAAUGAUUUGCAUCGGGCUACAGGCUCUGAACGGCGUGCAAGUGCCAGUGCGCGAUGGCGUUCUGGCUCAACAGUAUGGAGCCUUCAGUCUGACCAUGCUGUGAGGAACCGUUGGGGACGAGCUGACGGCAGGGGCACGGGUUUCACGAGCAUUGCACAAGCCUUCCGCAAAGCGCUCAGUGGCAUCCAGACGCCCAGCGGCACCUCUUACGCUCAAGUGUUCCUGUGCGCGGGAGUCAUCUACUUCAUCUGGGCCUACAUGUUUGCAAACUUUCACAAGACUGUCGAGGUCGAUCCAGGCCGAACAUGGAUCUGGGAGGCGCUCCACUACCCCUUGCACUUUUGCGUGCUGGCGCUCAUUGGCGCCAUGACAAAUUGCAUCAACGUCAAUGUGUGGAGUCGCGGUCUACUGUCGACAUACCGCCUGUUCCGUCGCGCUCUGUCUGAAAUCCUCGACGACCAGAUAGACCAGGCGCGUGCGCUGGACUUUGCAAUGACGUUUGACCGCCUGAAACUGAACCCCGACUUUGCGACAGAGCUUGCACGUCUCACACAGCCGGGGCAGAGCAAGGCUGCCGUCACGGUCCGGGCGUAUCAAUACUUUGCACAGGUCAUCCACGGCACAUGUCAGCAAUCGGGCGUGGCUCUGAAUUCGAGUCCGAGCAAGCUUUUGAACAAGGUUCUCGAUCUCGACAGGACCGGGACACCAGAUGGGGCCACGGCCGACCAAGCCAGAGACCUGAUCAUACGCGCAAUCGAAGAAGUCAUGAGCGAUGCCUUCUCGGGUGUUCUGUGGCUGUAUCCUGCGGCUGUGAGUGAGACAAUGAAGUGA